AUGGCGGCCAAGACAGAAACAGGACGCCGAGACAUCCGCUUAUUACCUGUACAUUUGCUGGGACAGGAGUCGACGAUCAAACAUCCAUGGCCGCUGCCCGUCCCCGAUCUCGAUAUCACGCAAGACACCGAUGACUCGCUCUUCCAGACAGCGUCCCAUCUACCAUCAGAGCUCCACGUAAUGCUUGAUGAUCACGAAAUCGCAGGGCAAGAUCCGCUAUACGCACUUGCACCUAUCCUCCUGUUCGCAGCUGCCUCAGAGAUCCAGCUACUAUCAACACUUCAAAAAUGGUACGACAUUAUCGCAUCGACGAAAUGGGAUCGGAAGUACUCAACCGAGCAUCUGGAACAACUCAUAAUGCACAAACACCUCCUGGAUGACCACGCAAGUCGACAUGAAGAGGUUCUCCGAUUCAUCAGUUCACCAAAGCUGGCUCGAUGGCCGGUCAACCUUACACAAGACCAGAGCGAUGUAGCUCAGGAAGCCAAAGAUGCGGUCAAGGCCGACUUUGAAUUCCUUCGAUCAAGAUGCCGCCAGCUUUCGUUGCACUACCAGGAAGCGAUAUCGAUCCUGGUCAGCGCCACUUCACUGGCAGAGUCGCAGAAACAGAUUACGCUUGCUACCCAGGUCACGAAGCUCACCAUACUCGCGACCAUCUUUCUACCACUCUCAUACUGUACUUCGAUAUUCGGCAUGAACUUCGUGGAAUUGGAACAGCUGAACAUAUGGAUAUGGGUUGUUGUCACCGUGUCGGUUGGGCUUGCGACUUUCGCUAUUUAUCAGUGGGAUGAGAGGCAAAGACUGUGGGGGUUUUGGGCCACGGUGAAGGCCAAGUUUCAAUUGGUGCGCUGGCAACACGAUCUUUCAACGACAGUAUAA